GACAGUGGGACGUGUAGAGUGUGUGUUUAGCUACAAAAUUUUGUGUGUGAUUGUUUCCAACAGCAAGUUGUGUAUUGAAAACAAAAUUGAAUUCAUUAUCAUAAACAAACAAAAAUGGCGCUGAGACCCAGCAGUGAGUUGUGGAAUUAUUUCACGAAUAUUGUUGAGGAGGGUAUGGCAGAAUGUAAAUUGUGCAAACAGCGAUUGAGGAAUAAUCGCAGUUAUAACUUGAAAUUGCAUUUGAAAAAGGUCCAUAAUAAUAGAGGCGAAAUCAAUAAGUACUUCGACGUUUUCGUUCAGGACAAUCUAGCAGUUUGUAAAACAUGCAAACGACGACUAAAAAAUCGUCUUUGCAACUUAAGGUUGCAUAUGCGAAGAUCACACCAGAUCGAAGUCAAGCUACCGAAUGAUCGUCCCACGGAACAACCCCCUUCCCCCCAGCCAUACGAUGAAGAUCAAAUAAAAGCUGUGCUUAAAGUGGCCAAGCGUAAAAUGAAAGAACAAAUUGGCAAUGAUGAGAAAAGGCCAAAACAUCGACUGUGUAUUAAAAUGGACAAAAACACUAUUAUACGUUCCGUAAUUGGCUUAAUAGUUGAAGAUGGUGUAGCACCUCAUGUGAUUAGCUCGAAGAAUUUUAAAGUCCUGUUACGACCCAUGUGUGAGGCGAUAUCCGAUAGAGAAGGCAAAGAAUUUAAAAUGGAAGAGACUGAGAUAGAAAGAAUCAUAAGUUCAAUGGCAAAUUAUGUACGCAAUGAUUUUUCAAAUGAUUUACACUGUCGUUUAUUGUCUAUUAAACUCGAUACGGAUCUGAAUGCUUCGCAGAAAACUUAUUGCGUCAGUGCCCGGUUCAUCAAUGAGGGAGUGAUACAAAGUCACAUAUUGGGCAUAAUUGAUCUCAAAAGUGAUGAGCAGCUGUCAGAGGAACAUAUAAAGCAAGUUCUACACAAAUUCAAUAUUGAUUCAAAUCAAAUUGUAAGUGCCUUUUGGGACAAUUCGAAGCAAAAGUACAAUAAGCUCAUUAAAAAUUCGGAAUAUUUGAAUGAAAUUCAACAGUUUGAAUCAUACCCUGAUAUUUACUUGGGAGAUGUAAAGAUAGAGCGUUAUAUGGGCGCGAACGCCCAGCUCUGUUUAUUGGAUCUUUUUAAAAAUUCCAGCAUAUUUCAAACAUUUUUGCAGUGCCGUAAUUUAGCCAAAUUUAUUAGCGAGGAAUCAAAUGGCUAUCAUGAGUUAUUUGAACAAAAUAAUUUGAGUAUACCUCAACUGGAUUCUCCCUGGAAAUGGGGUUCUACCUACAAAAUGAUGCACGAUUUGCAUGAGGCUCGCCAUAUUUUGGAAAAGGUUAAAUUUGAAAAAUUCGACCAACCUGAAGAUCAGUUUGAAGCCAACGACGAGUUAUGGUCAUUCAUAGAAGCCUUCAGUAAAUCAAUAAUUUAUUUGCAAAAAUCCAUACUUAAGUACUACACUGAAGAAUUACACAUAGGAGACUUCUACUCCCAAUGGUUAAAAUGUAAACUGUUGACGGUAAAACUGAUAGCAGCUAACAAUAAACAAAACAUACUCUUAUCGACGAUUCUGACGGAAAUGCUAAAAGUAAUUGAGAAUAGAACGAAAGAAUUGUUGAGUCAAGAUAGUUUUGUUGCAUGUAUAUUUUUGGAUCCAAGAUUUCAGCGUACACUUGACUCGGAACAAAAAUCAAUUGCUACGGAAUAUCUGAAGAAGUUGUGGUGUCGCGCCAAGCUUUAUACUGUUGAUGAUACGGAAUCUUUGGAAGAGUCAGCUCAGUUGUUUGACGACGAUGAGGAUGCAUUCUUGAAUGAAUUUUUAAGUCAUGAUAUACCGGUAAAGGAUAACAGAACUAGUGAUGUUUAUCAGAAAAUCGAGGGUCUAAAACUAGCAUUUCAAAUGGUGGAUACAAAUAUUUUAUCAUUUUGGAGAAGCCAGAAAGCUAGUGAACCCGAAGUGUAUUCUCUGAGCACCAUAUGUUUCGCCAUACCAGCUACAGAGAUUUACAGUAAACUACGCUAUUCUCAUAUUUAUCGGCUAGAUACCAAUUCAAAUUUGUCAGAUUUCACCAAAGAAAAUAUCUUAAACAUUCGCUUAAACGUACACCUUUUAGAUGAAGCUCUUUCACAAUUGCAGCUGAUAAAUGAUGAUCGCUCAAAUACAUCAACAUUUUCGGAAGGUGAAGUCGAUAUUUAUGAUAUAUCAGAAGAUGACAACAGUAAUACUGCAUCGUCAAUAGCCACACAUUCUGGCAUUGUUUUGGCAUCUUCAUCAGUCGUAGUUAAUCCAUCAACUACUAUUAUUUCAUCAGCCCAGGUAGCAGCUAAUGAGUGUGAAUAACAAAUUAAAUCACAAUACGCCGCUCCGCGAAAUAAAAGAUUUAUUUAUCUAACUGUCUUUAAAUAUAUUUAUAGAUUUAGAAGUUAGUAUCAAGAUUCAUGAGUAAUUCUAUAUGGUUUUCAUAUAAAAACUAAACUCUUUUUUUUUUACUCUCCUGAAAACAAUAAAAUGUUUCGUACAUACAUAUUUAAAUACAUAAUAUAAGUACGUACUAAAUUUUUUUGCAUUCCUUAACAAUAAUUUUGGAAACUGUGUUUUGUUAAUUUCAUAAGCUACAUAUAAAUAAAAUAAAAACUAAAAAAAUA